UUCUACCUUGGGUGACCCUAGGCCAUGGGAUUAAGGGAUCGGUGGAGAAGGGGGAGCUCUGGAUGAUGCCUCAUGGUUAAGAAUCCAGGUGAUAGCCUCCACCCUUCACUGAGACACUUUCGGGGAGUCUUCAGAAGCCAGAGGGCUUUGCGAGGAGAAAGAAGAUCUCGCUGUGGUUUGUGGGCUCCCUGCUGCUGGUGUCCACCCUCAUCCUGACCAUCGGCCUUGCUGCCACCACCAGGACAGAGAAUGUGACUGUGGGCGGCUACUACCCAGGGAUCAUCCUGGGCUUUGGGUCCUUCUUGGGCAUCGUUGGCAUCCACCUGGUGGAGAAUAGAAGACAAAUGUUGGUGGCGGCCAUUGUCUUCAUCAGUUUUGGUGUCGUGGCGGCCUUCUGCUGUGCCAUAGUCGAUGGCGUGUUUGCAGCACGGCACAUUGAACCUAGGCCUCUCAGCACAGGACGGUGCCAGUUUUACUCCAGUGGGACUGGGUACCUGUAUGACGUCUAUCAAACAGAGGUCACCUGCUACUCCCUGAGCGGAAGGUGCCAGCUGAGAGUGAGGAGCAACACCUGCUAUUGCUGUGACCUCUAUGCUUGCGGGAGCACAGAGGCUUCUCCUGCCUACUAUGAAUUUGUGGGUGUGCGUAGCUGCCAGGAUGUGAUCCACCUGUACCGGCUGCUCUGGGUGUCCACGGUGCUGAAUGUUCUGGGCCUGUGCCUUGGCAUUAUCACGGCUGCAGUCCUAGGGGCCUUCAAGGACAUGGUCCCCCUGUCUCAGAUGGCCUAUGGCCCAACUCCGCCACCUCAGAUCCUCUACAACCCUGCCCAGCAGAUCCUGGCCUACACUGGCUUGUGCCCUCCAUCUAUGACUGUGCCAACCUGUUCCUCCUACCCUCUGCCGCUUCAGCCCUCCAGUGCCCUGUCGGCCUCAUCCUCUGCUGACCUCUCUCGGCCUGAGGACACAGCGUCUCCCUCCCAGUGCAACUCCAGCCAUGGGCCUUCUCCUAAUGCUCCUUCACUCUGCACACCAACCUACUUCCUCCCCGGGGAGAAGCCUCCCCCCUACGCACCCUGACACGGAGGUAGUACAUCUAAAAGUAACACUUGGUUUGGGGUUGCCAGAAAUAAAACAAAACUAAUAAAAAAAAACCACAUCCAGAAAGCAUGCCUCUGCAGCCAGCCUCAGAGAAUUUAGAAGUAUCUGGAAGCUGAAGCUGUGCACUUUCUUCUCUUGGACACGCCCUCUGCCAGCACAGGCCAGGAGCAGAGGCGGAAGCAGAGUCAGCUGUCUGGCCCAGUGCCAUCUCUGCUGUCCCCUCUCCCACAUGAGACCCUAGCCUCGCCAUCCAGAAGGGCUUCUCUGCACCUGCGUCAUUCUGUUUCACCUCUAGUCUUGGUUGGUUCUCAGUUGCUAUUUUCUUGCCACGCAAGGGUAGCCAGUCACCUCUGGUAAAGAUUGUUCCUUCAGGAAAGGCAUCACAGGUUGACAGACUUUCGUGAGCAUGUCCCUCAGGAGGAAGAGACCAAACCCCUUCUGUGCGUAUGUUCUGAGAAGGACCAGAGAGAACCCUGAGCUCUGCUUUUCCGAUGCGGGGGUGGGGGAUAAGCUUGAGCAAACACCCAAAGUUACUUCUAGAGACCUUUGAGUUCUGCCUCUGCAAGAUCCACCUUUUGGCAGACUCAGAAUCUCAUAUUCAUUUCCCUCGUGGUGCUCUGCUGAUUUGUUGCUACUGGCUCAUUCAUUGGCUAGCUGUUGUGUGGACACUGGGGCCUUUCUUCCCCUCUCUGUGAGGUCCAGAACUAGCAGGUGGGGGUAGAGAGGACCAGCCUGUGACGAUGCAGCUCCUGUGCCCCCUGCUGGUCAAGGCCACUCUGUCCAGUAGAUCUCACCCAGGCAGGCUAGAGAUAUUUUCUAAAUAGGGUUUCCCACAAAGGCCCACAACACAGGAAGCUGACAGGUCUGUCUGUGGAGAUGUGCCGUAAACCCGAGAACUGCUUACCCAUCCCUGAAGGGCUGAGGCAGCCAUUGGUCUGAGGACUGGUCACUUGGCCUUGCAGCCUGAGAAAGCAAGUAUAGUGGUUUCUAUUUGAUGCUGGCUGACCUUGGAUCCAGCAUGAUUGUGCUUUCCUAGAACUUCCAGGAACCUGACCUUAGCCUCCCUAGACCAAUAUCAAACAAUAUUCUGCCAAUUUAUAUUUAUACCAAUGUAUAUACUAGGCUAUUUAAUAUCUCUUAGGACCACAGUUUCAGAGGCAUUUGUGAAAGUCUCCUAAGAAUUACACUUGGAGGCAGCAGGACAAAAUCGUCUCUGGACUUUAAUGGGGGGGGGGGGGGCUUUGGCACUGCUUCUUAAUGGGGCCGGGGGCCAGCUGGCUCUGUCCCCUGCCUUGCGUCUACCCAGAGUGCACAGUUAAGCAGAUCUCACAAGGGGCAUAGACAUGCCACAAUACUGGCUGUAGAAGAAGGGUGUCCUGCACAGCAAUGGCAAGAUUCCUGUCACGUGUAAGCGUGAGGUUCAGGAAGAUGAGGUUGACCAGAUGCACAGGAGGCAUCCUUGCUGAAGCCACACAGUGGGUGUCUUUUCUACAGGAUUGGGACAGAGGGCACCUUGUCUGUGUAGUGAGUGUACAGAGAAGAGCCAGGCUCUGGAGGCUGAUGGGUGCAGGGUCCUGCCCCCCCCAUCUACUUUUAUAUUACACUACCCCAGUUUAAUAUUCAGUCCCGUGUACUGGGCCCAAUGGGCUUGACCUCUGAACUUCCUAAACUGGCCCCCGGGACUCUGAAGAACAAUAAAACUGCAGUGAGCCCAUGCUCACUGGAGCCAAAAACUACGAAACAUUGCAUGCCAAGGUCAACAUUUGUGUUCAUUGCCACAAAAAUGUCUUUCUCCCUUGUCUCCGGCAGAGAAUGUAAGGCCCUGUACCCUAGUCUCCAGAGCUGGCCCCACAAACCACACUAACCUGCAGUGCGGGCAGAAACUCUUGAGUGUCCUGCCUUCAUGUGGACAAGGCUGGGAAGCCAGCUGGGGCCUGCAUGCUUGGUGGCUCUGGACCAGGUCCUGAUGACUUUGCCUCUUUGAAUGUCACCCGAGGGUCUGCUCUGUGCUUGGCUUCUGUGCUGGUUGGUGAGAUUUGUUCUCGGUCACCUGCUUUGUCGUGGAAUUGGUCACUCGCAUCUGCUUUUGGGAUGAUGUAAGAUAUGCUUGUCCCGAGUCUGUGGUAUGGUGAGUGUGCGUGGGUAUGAAUGGGGUGGGUCAUGCCCACUAGUGAGAGACGCUGAGCUCUUCUGCUUACCGGAUCAGCCUGCCUGAAUCAGGGUUCCACUUGCACCAUCUCCUCUGUGGGUCACAGCCACUAUAGCUUUGCUUCCUCAGCCCCAGUUAUCAAGAGCUUGGUAGUGGAUGACAUGGCCACAGAUAUGCCCCGGUGUGCACAUCCUUGUUGGUCAGCAGGGAAUGUUUUACUGGGCCUGCUUGGGUCUCAUACUUGCUUCUCUCUCACGUGGUCACUCUUAGGUUUGUAGGAAGUUGUCUGUUCUGGAAAGGGACCCUGCGAUCUUGGGUGUCUCCAAUACCUUCCAGCUAGAACACAUUGCUUUCCUUCAUGUUUAAAUGGAGAUCUGCAGGCUUUGUGUUGAGAAAUACAGUGAAACUGGUCUCCUGCCCUGAAACUGCUUUCUAAAAGGUGACUUUGCCCUAGGUACAUUUGGAAAAAUCUAGAGACAUAUUUCUUUAUCAGACUAUGUCUGAGGGAGGAUGUGGUGCUGACAAGCUGCCUGAAUGCAUGGUAGGGUCCCAGGCUGAAGAAAACAGCCCCAAGGAUACAAUGAAAAAUGUAAAAGUUCAUCCCUAGAAAAAGAGCUUUGCAAUGAAUUCAGGUGAUAAAGAUCAUAGUAUCAUAGUCCAUCCUACCUCUUCCCCUCGUCUUCCCUCAAAAGGUUCCUGGUACCCCCCUGGGUGUCCUUGUAGUUUGGCCACUUGGGCCCAGGGAAGUGAGGAUCCCAUGGCAGGCAGCUGACAGAUGAUUACUGCUUUAUUUGGCAGGAGAUGGUAGAAGGUUUGGUGCCAGCCAAGGCUGAGGAUGGGUGCAACAUCAGGGAGGAGAGGUGUCUGCUCUUCCCACAGUGUUGUUGCCUCCUUAGGGCAGAUAAGGAAUGCCAAGUAUGUGGCUGCCCCCCACUACCCUUGUCUGUGUGGUCCAGCUCCAAACCAGCAUUUGUCCUGCUCUGUUCUUGGCCUCGUGACCUCCUGGAGAGAUCUGGGGCUGCUUGGAGGACACUCAUGAGAACAUUCCAUGAAAACAUUCCAGAGUUGCCUCCAACACAUGGAAAAACCACUGAGGUCUAGGGGAUGCUGCUUCUCCAGUUUAAAUAAGAUGUGGGCUUCUAUGGCUGCCUGAGGACAAACAGAGGCAGCUGGGAGUCCCAGGCAGGGCUCUACUUCCUACCUUCUUGGAGUUGUGUUCAACAGUGUUGUUUCUAUCUUCACCAUAACUUACAGGAUGCUGGAGUUAAAAUCAGCGGCUCCUAGCUCCUUCCCUUAUGAAGAAAUGGUAGCUCAGAGACACUGGGCUGCUGUUUCUUGUGUCUCUGCGGCCCAGGGAGGGUGCAGUUCCCUCGGCUCUGCUCGCAGAGCAGCCUUGGAACAGAAAACCAGACCUUUUCUUUUAAAUGGAACAGGGGCAGCCAAGAGAGGCAAUGGAGAGUACAGGGAGAGAAGGGAGAUUCUGUAUAGGUACCACCCCUACAUCCUGGCUGCCAGGGACAGCGUUAAGAAGAGUUCUCUCUGUGGGGGCUGAUGCAGAGGUGUGUAGGACUGUCUCCAUUUGCAGAGAAAGCUGAGGUUCGGCAGCUUGCUGGUGAAGCCAGUCCCAGCCCUUGCCCUCAUCCAUGUGAGGAGAGGCUCCUGCCA